AAAACAGAAAUUGCACCGUGAGCACCAGCCAUGGCAGAUGGUAAGACAGGAGGAGCCGGGCAGUUUGCAAAGCAGGUCCAAAAGCGAUUUAGCCGAGCCCAAGAGAAGGUUUUGCAGAAACUGGGCAAGACGGUAGAAACCAAAGAUGAGCAGUUCGAGCAAAGCGCUUACGAUUUCCAGCAGCAACAGAUUGAAGGCCACAAACUCUACAAGGACCUUAAGGCUUUCCUCAGUGCUGUGAAAGUGAUGCACGAAAGUUCCAAGAAAGUGGCGGAAACCCUGCACGAAAUUUACAAUGUGGAAUGGGAUGGACAUGGGGACUUGAAAGCCAUUGCGGAGAGCAAUGACCUCCUGUGGGAAGACUAUGAGGAAAAACUAGCUGACCAGGCGGUGAGAACCAUGGAGAACUACAUGGCUCAAUUUGGUGAAAUUAAGGAGCGAAUUGCUAAACGGGGGCGGAAGCUGGUGGAUUACGACAGCGCCAGGCAUCACCUGGAGGCACUGCAGAAUGCCAAGAAGAAGGAUGAAGCUAAGAUUGCAAAGGCUGAAGAGGAAUUCUACAAAGCUCAGGCUGUGUUUGAGGAUCUUAACAAAGAACUUCGAGAGGAGCUCCCAGUUCUUUAUAACAGCCGCAUUGCUUGCUACGUGACCAUCUUCCAGAAUAUUUCCAAUUUAAGAGACAUCUUCUAUAAGGAGAUGAGUAAGCUGAACCACGACUUGUACGAGGUGAUGAGCAAACUGGAAAAGCAGCACUCCAACAAGGUCUUUAUCAUUAAAGGGGUGUCAAGUAACAGGCGCUCGCUGGUCAUCUCCUCCCCGGUGAGUCGUCCUCCUGUCGUUUUCACAUCACUGGAAAAUGCUGCAGAUGGGACCCCUGCGCUGCCUCCUGACAAUUCAAUGUGUCACAAGAGAGAAUCUGUUUCUUCGGCAGCAGAGGGGGAGGCCGCAUCCUCUGGUGGCAGCGAAAUCCAGGAUGAGCGGCCGGUGUCUCCUGCUGCUGUUUUGACACCCGACAAAAGAGAGUCCAUGUCAGCAGCAGACGUGGAGUCCGUGUCCUCUGGUGCCAGUGAAAUCCAGGAUGAGACGCCUACCUCUCCUGCUGUUCCGACGCAUGACAAGAGAGAAUCCCUGUCAGCAGCAGAGGUGGAGGCAGAGUCUUCCAGUGCCAAUGAACUCCAGGAUGAAAAUCAAACUGGGACUCUGGAGCAACCCAGCAGAGCUACAGAGAGGUCGUACCGGGGAGUUGAAGAUGUUGCAGCAGCUACGGCUGCGGAGAUUCUAUCUGCCGCUAUAGCUGAGGCUGUGUACAAAGCCAAAACGUCUCCGCCACCCUCUGAUGGUGCAUCAGCCCAAACCCAGACUCCAGAAAGCCUUGAGGACGACGCUAGCGAACUGCAGGGGGGAAAUGAAUGCUGUGUACUCCAGGCGAGCCAUGAAAUCCCAUCUCUGCAAGCACCCCCUUCACCUGACUUGAGAGAGGAGAUGGAGCCAUCAGGAGAUACCCAACCCCCAGCUCCCCAGCAAGAAUCAAGUCAGCCAGGAAACGGGAUGCCCCUCGGUGAGGUUUUAGUUUGCCCUGAAAAUGCCACGUACCCUCCUGACAAAGAUUCUACCCCUCCCACCCCAGUCCACGAAGUCCAUCAAGACCCAGCCAGCACCAGUGGCUCCAGUCCACCCGAAGCAGAGGAACGGGCCAAUGGCCAGAAGCAGCCGCAGCCAGAGACGGAGCAGACCAUUUGCCAGCCAAGCAGGGAGGCCGAAGAGGACCGGGACAGCGAGGGGAGCAUGGAAGAACUAAACGUUUCCCCAACGGUGACUGAAACGCAGAUCAUGUUUGGCUUCACCCCAGAUGGUGAAACAGGCGGCAGCAGCAGUCAUGAGCUGCCUGUGGACUUCCUCUUCAAGGCUCAAGCAAUCCAGACUCACACGUCAGAUGAUGAAAAUCAUCUGCAGUUCAGGGAAGGGGAGAUAAUUCUGGUGGUAUCCAACUCUCAGGGCCAGGAAGAAGGAUUUCUGACCGGCUUCAAGGAGAGCGACUGGAAGGUGAACCGGGAUCUCUUACAGAAGAGAGCUUUCCCCCAAGAGCUUAUCAGACCCAUCUCCUCCGAAUGAGCCCAGCGCAUCAAAGCGGCUGGGGCGGAGUGGGAGGGAAACAGGAUCUAUUUAUGUCUCUCUGAAAGCAGUAACGUUGCAGUUGUAACCAGAGAGAGCUUUGCCGCGUCCAUCUGAUUCAGAAUGUCAAACUGCAACGGGGCAUGUGGGGACGGGAGAGAAAACCCGUCUCUCAAAACAAAAUGAAUGUAAGUGGGAAUGAAUGGAGCUGGCAUAGGAACAAGCUUCAGGUUGAUGAUUCCACAGUACCUGCUGCACGCCCCUUAGAAAAAGCACAGAAACCUGAAUCUCC